GAGCUGCGUGCCGACGCAGAGAGGGAGGCCUGACAGCGCCGGGCUGGGUUCGGCCGUGGCGGCCUGGCUUUGUUUUUAGGCCAGGUCUCUGGGACCGGCCCGGGAAGAUGGUGCUGGGGGGCUGCCCUGUGAGUUACCUAUUGCUGUGCGGCCAGGCGGCCUUGCUGCUGGGGAACCUGCUGCUGCUGCACUGUGUCUCUCGGAGCCACUCGUUUAACGCCACGGCCGAAGUGGAUCUCACACCCUCAGGCGCCGCUCACCCCGAGAGUCCCGCACCCCCGACGUGGGAAUACAGCGAUCCCCACUCUCCGGUCAUCCUUUGCUCUUACCUACCCGACGAGUUUGUAGAUUGUGAUGCCCCAGUGGAUCACGUUGGAAAUGCAACUGCGUCCCAGGAGCUUGGUUAUGGUUGUCUCAAGUUUGGGGGUCAGGCCUACAAUGAUGUGGAACACACUUCAGUCCAGUGCAGAGCCCUGGAUGGAAUUGAGUGUGCCAGCCCCCGGACCUUUCUACGAGAGAAUAAGCCUUGUAUAAAGUACACGGGACACUACUUCAUAACCACGUUGCUCUACUCCUUCUUCCUGGGGUGUUUCGGCGUCGAUCGCUUCUGUCUGGGACACACCGGCACAGCCGUCGGGAAGCUGCUGACGCUGGGGGGGCUUGGGAUCUGGUGGUUUGUGGACCUCAUUUUGCUCAUCACUGGAGGGCUGAUGCCUAGUGACGGCAGCAACUGGUGCACUGUCUACUAAAGACUGCCGCCGUCCCGUGCCAGCAAGGAAAACACGUGCCCGGCUGCCUGGCUAGUUACCACAAGCUCCAAAUUCUCCUCUGGACAUCACUGUCCUCUUUGAAGUUCGGGCUGAAUUUUCAGCCCAGAUCUUACCUUGCAGACCAGGAAUGACAAGCAGUGUUGUGGGGAAUCCAGUAGUCCCUUUCUUCAUGUACAGAAUAUCAAAGACAGUGACUUCUACCCAGAUCAUUUUCAGUGCUCCGUGUUUGGAGCAGGGGGACCCAACAGGAUAAACCAAAUGCAUGUUUAUCCAUGCACAGCCUUUUGCGACCCUGAAUUUCCAAGCACAGGUCAGAAACUGUGCCAAUGAGAAAUCUCCAGGUGACAUAGAAAUGAUCGCGGGUUUUAAUAUACACCAAAAUUCUCUGACUCUGUGACUUGAAAGUGCACAAUAAAGUUUUAAAACCUA